GGGAAAAGGGGGAGAACUCCGAACUGGGCCAGCCCUGCCUGCCUGCCUGAUGUUUUUACAUUUUCUUCACUUCGUUAACUGCACACUGGAAUACGAGCCCGAGAGCUGGGUGGAGAGAAAAGGGGUCGCGUCUCACCUUUCAGCAAAGAUAGAGAGGGGGAGAUAUUCGAAAAGUUCAGUCUGCCCUCGGCGCGCUUGCUUGCAAGGCACGACUAGCCCUCUCAUUAUUGGCCGCCUGUCAGCACCGUAACAGACUGCAGAUGCAAGCAUUCAAACAAGAUCCGCUCCGUUUCUGAGCUGAGCAGACCAUGCAGGCACAGGCAGUUUGAGUAGGUUUUGAAAGAGGGAGGACGGAAGGAAGGAAGCAAAGAGGGAAAAGGAGGAGAAAAGAGCCGGAGAAAAGUUUGUUAGGAGACUCGUGACGGAGACGUUACCGGUUGGUCGUAAAGCGCACGGUUAAAGCCUGUUCAGAGCUGGUAUCGCGGGACAAAUCUAUCAAAGAAACAUACAAGGGUCCGUCAUUGGCUGCUGACCCGUGGAGAGGGGGAUUUUUAUUGAUAUUCGACAGCUGCCGGGCACUCGCCUGCUUCUGUUUGCUGGGAUUUAGAUGCGUUGGGAAGCCACCAUGCAGAGCGAUCCCAUUUUGUUCGCMUCCAGGGCCAUGGAGGAGUUGGUGUGUGAGCUGCGUCUGUUCCUGGACCUGCUGGACAGGGAGUAUCUGAGUUCUGGGGCCAGGGAGAAGAAGAUGCUUAUCUCCAACAUCCUCCACAGGGUCCUCACCGCUAAUGAGCCCUCGUUCAAGUCAGAGAUCCACGGCAGCCUCCCGGCCCCCCCUCAGAUGCCCCUCCCAGAGAUCCCACAACCCUGGCUGCCUCCAGACAACGGGCCUCCUCCUCUCCCCAGRUCCUCUCUCCCAGAGGGCUACUACGAAGAGGCCGUCCCCCUCAGUCCUGGAAAAGCCCCAGAAUACAUCACCUCCAACUACGAUUCGGACCAGAUGAGCAGUUCGUAUGAGUCGUACGACGAGGAGGAGGAGGACGGGAAGGGCAGAGGGAAGAAGAUGCGACACCAGUGGCCUAGCGAGGAGGCCUCCAUGGACCUGGUCAAGGACGCGCGCAUCUGUGCCUUCCUGCUGCGCAAGAAACGCUUCGGCCAGUGGACCAAGCUGCUCUGUGUCAUCAAGGACAACAAGCUGCUGUGCUACAAGUCAUCUAAAGACCAGACGCCCCAGAUGGAGCUAGUGUUAUCGGGCUGCAGCAUCACACAUGUCCCCAAGGACGGCAAGAAGAAGAAAGACGAGCUGAAGAUAGUCCACCAGGGGGCAGAUGCCCUGGUUCUGGCCGUGCAGAGCAAAGAGCAGGCUGAGGAGUGGCUCAAGGUGAUGAGGGAGGUGUGCAGCAACGGAGGGGACUCGGAUGGAACAGGCGCCGGGUCUCCUGUACACAAGCCCGACCUGGAGAAGAAGGUGUCAUGUGAUAGGCCGAGCUCAGAUGGCGAGCCGCCCCAUGAGAACGGACACACCGUCACCGACUGUAAGGACCAAGGUAAAGGAAAGAAGGACUCUCAGAAGAGAGGCACGCUGGGAAAAGGGGCGGGAAAGAAGAUAACUAAGAUCAUUGGCCUGGGCAAGAAGAAGCCGUCCACUGACGAACAGACAUCUUCAGCCGAGGAGGACAUACCCACCUGUGGCUACCUGAACGUGAUGUCCAAUAACCGCUGGCGUGAGCGUUGGUGUCGCCUGAAGGACAACCAGCUGUUGCUCCAUAAGGACCGCGCUGACCUGAAGACCCAUAUGGCCAGCCUUCCCCUCAGAGGCUGCGAGGUCAGCCCCGGACUGGACUCCAAACACCCCUUUGCCUUCCGCCUGCUCCGCAAUGGACAGGAGGUGGCUGUACUGGAGGCGUCCUCCUCAGAGAGUAUGGGUCGGUGGUUGGGGGUGCUGCUCGCUGCGACUGGCUCCACCACAGACCCUGCUGCCCUGCACUACGACUACAUAGACGUAGAGACUACCGCUAACGUCAUCCAGCUGGCCAAGCAGUCCUUCUGCUUCACUAGUAAACGUGUUGUAUCUCCCAACCCCUAUCUGGACAACCCUGUGAACGGUUAUGCCUGCCCCUCUGGAAUGGCACUGCAUUAUGAUGAUGUGCCCAUCAAUGGAACGGACCCAGAGGCGUUAUACUCCAGCCCUGCCACCGGAGGGCGACGUCUGAGAGAGGAGGUGUUGUAUGAGAACGCUGACCUCUAUGAGAACAUGCCUUCGCCCAAGCUGGCCGCCCGCUACUCCCCCAAGCCCAGCCGCCUAGCCUCUUCCUCCAGCCACCACAAAACCCCUGGCCCUGUUAAAUCCAAAUUCCUCUCCUCCUCUUCCUCAGCUAACACUAACACUAAAGCCGGUACUCAGCUGAAGGGAAAGAAGGCCCCGGUGACCAAUGGGACAGCGUCUAAACAGAAGGUGGACAAGAACCAGGCCAAGAAGACCAAUGGAACAGCCACCAAUGGAACAACCGGUGGAGCAACUGUGAAACGCAACAACUCCAGUGCAGAGCAGUAUAAGUACGGUAAGAACCGCGUGGAGGCGGACGCAAAGCGGCUGCAGGCUAAAGAGGAGGAGCUGAUGAAGAGGAAGCAGGACAUCAGGAACCGUCUGACCCAGCUGAAGAAGGACAGGAAAGACCUGCGCACCGCCAUGGAGGCCAGCACCGGUAAGCGUUCCGCUGCGUCUCUGGUGGAGCGGCUGAAGAAGGUGGAGGACGAAUGCAAGCUGAAGGAGGACGAGAGGGUGAGCCUGGAGCUGGAGCUGACGGAGGUCAAGGAGAGUCUGAAGAAGGCCCUGAGUGGAGGAGUCACCCUGGGACUCACCAUUGAGCCCAAGUCUGGCACCUCCAGCCCGCAGUCCCCAGUGUUGCUGAGGCGUACCCUAGAGAACUCUCCCAUCUCCAGCUGUGACACCAGCGACACAGAGAGCUGCUCUACCCUGCCCGUCAACAGCGCCUCCCUCCUCCGCAGAACGGCCAAUCAGAAACCCUCGACCGUCCGCGGCCACGUCCUCAGGAAGGCCAAGGAAUGGGAGAUGAAGACAGGCACAUAAGCAGAAACUCUUCACAACGAUCCUAUUGUACUAGCUUAUUUUUUGUGUGUGUGUGUGUAUAUAUUUAUUUACUUUUCACGUGGGGAAGAAGGUUGAAGAGGAGGACACUACAAUCGUAGCAUAGCCAACCAGAAAGACAAUAAGGACAAUGCUGAUUUGAGUAUACUUUAUUUCCAAAACAUAAAGAAAUAGCACUCUUUUUCUAGCUUACUAUUGUAUAAUACCGUGUAUUAUAUCUGGCAUGUUUGAACCACUCUGUCGUGCGGUUUGGUAUUCGUCCAAUCAUUUUCUUUCUUUUCAAGCAGACAUCCAAUCAUAGACGGUCUUCUGUGAUCUGUUUCUCCAUCACAUACAAAUCUGGUUUCUACAACUCUUGGGCUUCAAAAAUCAAGUGCAAAACCAAGUAUUUAUUUGUAAAUGUUUAUUAAGUAAACAUCCCUGUGAUUAUUUAUGUUGAUAAUAUUUAAUGCUUGUUUUAUAGUGUAGCUGGCUCUCCGUAGGCGCCCAGGUUGUCUUUCCUACUCAGUUGGAGGCUCUCUAGUUCACGAGCAUAUGUUUUCGAGUGGUAACUGCACUGCGCCACUAAUGUGCACGUCAUCUAAAUGGGUUAAUCGAAUCAUCAGUCUCACUGUUAGGCAAUCCGGAUGAUUUGCAGAUCAUCGAACCAGCAACGCACCUACUCCCUACUGGUUGAUGCUUGUGAGUGGGCCGUUGGAACGCUCCACUCAGUGAAGUGCAGGUCAGGCUAAGGCGUGGUCCUGUCCCGGCGAGUUGGAAAACUCCUAAAACCUCAAGUAACGUGGCCUCUUCUAUUUAAGCUUGACAACCAGGAGCCUCGGCCCAGCUCUUUUAAUCAUGCCACUGGUGUACUGUAGCCCUGUGAUCUGAUCUGGUGUGUGUGUGUGUGUGUGUGUGUGUGUGUGUGUGUGUGUGUGUGUGUGUGUGUGUGUGUGU